AUGCAUUUACCAGGCCAAAGUGGUUUUGCUGCUAAUCAUUUUGAGGCAGAGGAUGAGGAAGUGUUUGAGGAGAUUCGCAGGCUACGGCUAGAAAGAGGACAUCUACUACAGAAGAUUAAGACUCUGGAGCAGCAACAGAACAGCGCCACAACUGCACUGGAGGAGCUUAAACCUCUGGUUUCUGGUCCUUUACUCCCCACCCUCCAAACCCCCUCCUCCUCCAGGCUCAUUGAUGGCUGUGAGGCAUACACGGUCAAUAAACUGCUGAAGGUGCGAGGCAGAGUUGUUUCUGUGUCUGCCCUUUCUUCUAUGCCUCAGCUAAACUCACUAAGAGAGUGUUUGAGAGAGACAGAGGCAGAGCGUGAUUGUCUGGAAGUAGUGCUAAAGGAGCUGGGAGGUGUUCGACUCAGUGGUACAACCUAUAGAAUUAAUAGGACCACUGAUGAUAUGUUGGACUUCUCUGGAACAAAUAGGCUGCUGUCUAGGCAGUCACAAUGCACAGACGCGGAUAUGCCUCCUCCCCAAGCAGAGAACUCAUCUUGGCAGCAAAUGAACAGUGUGGAGCAGCUAUACAGGCAGGUGGAAGAGCUGACGGCACAGAAUGCUGAACUGGUUCUCAAAGUGCAGAUGCUGGAAAUGUUUGAAAAAGAUGACACGGACUUUGUGCCCAUGACUGUAUAUGAUUCCUUAAAGAGAGAGUUUGAAAAGCUGCAGCAGCAAAACACCAGAGCUACUAAAAGCUCAAACACUGCAGAGGACCCUGGGUCUGAGAACAAUUCUGAAGAUAUAGGGGAGUUGGAGUCCCAGAAGGAGGAGGGUUUAGCUCAAGAAAUGGAGGAGGAAAAACAAAAAAGCCUAGAGCAACAGCUAGCCUGUGCCCAUGCUGAGUUGGAGGAGCUGAGAAAAGAGAUGGAACUUGGUAUUGAUUCUGUGACUGCAGGUUUAGCAGUUAGCCAUUUCAAAGCUGAAGAAAAGGAACUGAACUUGGACAUGCAGAAAUUGACAGCCCGGGUGCAGGAACUGGAGGCAGAGCUAGCAAACAAAGAGGUGGUAUGGAAGGAAGGGCUGAAUGAGCGUGACAAAAUCCAGCAGUUGAAGCAGAGGGUUGAAGAGUUAGAGGAAUCUCUACAGGUGAAGGAGAAAGAGGCACAGGAUAUGAGUGAGUCAGUAGAGAGAUUAAAAAAACGAAUAAAGGAGCUAGAGGUGGCCCUGGAGCAGGGCAUUGGGGCAAGGUGUUUGGCAGAAAGUGAGGAAAAAGCCCUGAAUAAAUUACUGAUACGUGUGGCAGAGCUGGAAGCUGAACUAAGUAAGUGUAUUCCUCGUGAGCAGCUAGAUGAGGUGCAGGUCACCCUGGGCCUUCAGCUGAAGCAACUAGCUCAAGAGCGUUCUGAGAUGGCCCUAAGACUCAAUCAAGCUUUGCUGGAUCUGGAGAGACUUUGCCCUCCAUCUCACACUGACAAUGAUGACAGCGAUGAAGAUAACACCAGAGAAGAGCAGUCUGAGAGUUACCAGCCAUCCAGUGCUUUGGGUGAUUACCGCAUUCACUAGUUGCCUGGUGGAAGAACUUUGAAGGCAGUGCAGGAAGAGCUGGCGGUGACUAGCCAGACAGACUUGGAAGCAUCGGAUGGCUUGUGUUCUAGUAAAGAGGGCUGUGAUCAGGAUGCCCUGGAGAUGAUGGAUGCAGUAUCAUUAGCCAAACACCAGGAGGCACUGUCUGCAAUAACACAGCAACUAGCUGAGACAGAAAAUAAACUACAGGCUGAAAGGGCACUUUGUGAGCAUGCCCAUGCUGAACUGGCCAGGCUGAAAAGUGACCUGCAGGAUGCACAACAUGGCAUGGUCAGCAAGGAGGAACAUGAAAAGAUCUUGACUGAGCUACAGCAUACCCUAGAGGAGAACCAGCAUGCCCAUGAGGCUCUGAGUGUUAAAGAGCUGGAGCUGAAGGAGCUGCAGUCUCAGAAAGCUGUAGAACUGGAUAUGGUAUCUAAGGAGGAACAUGAAGCCCAGCGACUCUCACUUCAGGCUGAGAUCAACACACUGACUGCCUGCCUGGCUGACCUUACACGCAAGCAUGAGAAAACAUGCACUGAGGUGUUCCAAGUGCAGAGGGAGGCUCUCUUCAAUAAGAGUGAACGUCAGGCGGCUGAGGCACAGCUGCUCACGGUCCAACAGCAGUUAACAGACCUGCAGGCACAGUCCAACCACAUCCAGCAACUACACCAAGACAUCCAGCACUCAAAGGGGCUCAUCAAAGAGAAAGAUCACAAAAUCACGGAGUUGUCUAAGGAUGUAUUCCGUUUGAAGGAGGCUCUAGGAGCGCUGACUCCACCGAUGGGUUUAUCUGCCUGCACAACUUCCUCUGGAAUACCAGGACAGCAGUUGGCACUUCAGAACAGAGUAUCUGCACUGACCCAGCAACUCCAGGACUGGGAGCGCAAGCACAAAACAGUGGUGGCCACGUAUCGCUCUCACCUCUUAGCUGCAGUACAAGGUCGCAUGGAUGAAGAGGUGCAGGCUCUUUUGUAUCAAAUACUUAGAAUGACCCAAAAUAACCAAAGCCAUUAAAAUAUUUGAUCGAUAAAAAUGUUCCAUAUAGAUCCAUACAAUUGUCCAAAGAUCCAGUGGUGCAUGGACAUGUGACCAGGAAUCGGAUUUCCUGACAUUUAUACACCGGGAUAAUACACAAAGCAAAGCCUGAAGGCAUACAAGUUACUGGCUGCUGUUUGUGUAUAGUUAAUUGGUAUGCUUUGAACUCACAUUUAAAGAAGCACUUUGUU